AUGAUGCGGUACAGAGAGGAGAAAGAAGCCAAGAAAGAAGCUUUCAGGAAGUAUUUAGAGUCCAGCGGAGUUCUUGAUUCUCUCACAAAAGUUCUGGUUGCUUUGUAUGAGAAGAAUGAUAAGCCUUCCUCUGCUCUAGAAUUUAUUCAACAAAAGCUAGGUGGUCCUUCAGUCUCUGAGUAUGAGAAGCUUCAAGCUGAGAAGUCUGAUCUUCAGAUAAAGUACAAUGAGCUUUUGGGCAAGCAUAAAGAAACUCUAAGAGAGCUAGAUGAAGUGAAGAGCCUGCAUUCAAGAAACUCUUCAAAAGAUGAUGCAGACAGAGAGGCCAUUGAAGACGAACACAGGAACAUUGUGAUUCCACACCACUAA